AUGAAGAGCAUCACUGCUGCGCUCCUCGCGCUUAUUGCCGUCGCCAGCGCCCAUGGCGUCCAUCCUGACGAACGAGUCAAUCCCGCGGACGACUGGGCACUGUACCAUAUGCAGGAAGAGCAUCACAUAUCCAACUUCGACCCGGCCUCUUUCUUCUCGCUACACGACUUCAACAACGACGGGUCGUGGACGCCCGACGAGGUCCGGCGCAUCUACGGUCUGGACGACGAAUCUCUAAAAGAUACACCCGCAGACCAGAAGGACAAAGCCGUCUUCGACGUCUUCAAGAUCUUUGACCCCUAUCAAUCUGGUGUCAUCACUCGAGAUCAAUGGACCAAGAAGAUCAAUGAGGGCAAGAAGCUCCCCGACUUCGGCUUGGGACCUGGUCAUCACGGCGACGAUGAGUAUGAAUACGAGAUUCACCAUUUCGAGAAAUACCAUGAUGAGAACACAAGGGAAGAGGACUUGAUCCAUCCGGAAGAUAUCGCGCACUUCAGGAAACACGACCUGCUGGAAGAUCAAGCGGACCGGAUAUAUAGAGAGCAACAGCAGACCAUUGUCGAGAGGAACAUCCCUCAGAAAUUCCGACGGCGGCCAUGA